CUAAGAAUAUCCAUCUGGAGAGGGCAAGUGGCAGUUUUUUCUUGAUCAUCCCGUGCAUACUUUCUUCUUCUUCGUUUUUUCUUCUCUCCGUCUCUAGCCAAACCCCAUCUCCCGAUUUCUUGAAAAUUCAAACCACUCAUAAAACUCUUAUUGCAUGUUGUUGCAUGCCAUGAUCAAGAAUGUCGGAAAGGCGGGACCUUUUAUAUUUUUGAUGUCUUUUCGUAUGUAGGCUGUUGCCAAGAAUCGAGGAGGAGGAGGAAACAGAGGAGGUUUUGUCAAUCGAAAUUAACAACGCUUGGAAUUGGGUUUUUGCUUUGUUCUUUUUCCUCGUUUGUUUGUACGUUGAAGCUAUAUGGACGUAGCAAAACCCGAAACUAAGAGGCUUUAUCAAGUUUGGAGAGGAAAUAAUAAAUUCUUGUUUGGAGGAAGAUUGAUCUUUGGUCCCGACGUAGCUUCUUUGUUUUUGUCGUCAUUCCUAAUUGUCAGUCCAGCCGUGGCAUUCUGUGUAAAGAUCUUAUCUAUCAUCAGGCACCCGCUCAGUGAGAAUAAAGAUGCUGUUCCUUGGUAUUCUGUAAUCAUUGUGACUAUAGUGCUAACCAUGUUGGAUGUAUUCUUUCUCUUUAUUACAUCUAGUAGAGAUCCUGGAAUUGUCCCUAGGAAUAAAAAGCCUCCUGAAUGUGAUGAAACAAUUGAAAUAGACACUCCUUCAGUAGAGUAUGGUAGAACUCCUCAUUUGAAACUUCCCCGAACAAAGGAUGUGCUUGUGAAUGGACACACAAUCAAAGUGAAAUUUUGUGACACCUGUUUGCUCUACCGUCCUCCCCGCGUGUCUCAUUGCUCCAUCUGCAACAACUGUGUUCAGAAAUUUGAUCAUCACUGCCCAUGGAUUGGUCAAUGCAUUGGUAUACGUAAUUACAGGUUCUUCUAUAUGUUCAUCACAACAUCAACAAUCUUGUGCAUAUACGUAUUCGCGCUCUCGUGGUACAAUAUUUUCCACCGGCAAGGCAGUGUUUGGAAAGCCAUCACAAGUGAUUAUGUAUCAGAUGUUCUCAUCUUGUACUGCUUCAUUGCUUUUUGGUUUGUGGGUGGCCUGACAUUUUUUCACUUCUACUUGAUUUGCACGAAUCAGACUACAUAUGAGAACUUCAGGUAUCGAUACAGCAGAAAGGAGAAUCCAUAUAACAAAGGGAUGAUCAAGAACUUUAAAGAAGUCUUUCUCUCUGAAAUCCCACCUUCCCAGAACAAUUUCCGAGCAAUAGUAGAGGAGGAUGAAGUUACAGUUACGGAACUCUCCGACCACAGUUUCAUGGAUGGUAUCACUAGCUCAAAAGAAAAAACGUAUAUUGAAAUGGGAAACAAGUUUGGUGAGAACAGCAGUCUCACUCUUCCUGAUAUUCUGCGUAGUCUGGAAUUCGACGACAUUGAUGAAAACACAAAAGACAGAGAAGCAAGUGAAAGAUCUUACUCUGACCAGCUCGGUCCUCUUGAACCAGACUUAAAGGAGACAAUUAGUAGCUUGAAAGUUGAAAUUGAUGCCAAUGCGGAUGAAAAAUGUGACGGCAUGAUAUCUGAACAAACUAAAGCAUCAGCACAAGCAUAAAAUACAGUUAGGCAUGGAUGAAAAUAGAUAAGAAAAAAAAAAAAAAGAGGGCAUAAUGGACAUGUUGCGUGCAAAAGUUGGGAUCAAAAUUCGGAAAACAUACAACAGCAACGCAGCCCAUUGGCCACAAAGACACAGAUGCAUUCUAAGUUCAUUGCCGGCUUUCAACCUCGACAUCCAAGCUUGCAGCAGAAAUUACUGAAGUCAUAGACAAUGUUGUCUGCAAUAAUAUACAUGUUAUGCAAGAAAAUUGAGGGAGAAAUCAUGUGAAACUGAAAGACUGUAGAUUGGUUUUGUGAAUAGUGAUUCUCUCUUUGCCUCUGCUUUGUUGUUUCUCUCUUAAGUUCAGUGUCUGUGCGCGUGCGCUUGUAAAAUCUUGCACAAAAGUGACUCUUCUCAUUAGGACAUAAAAUUCUUGAA